AUGCUCUCUAGAGCUCAGCAGCUGGAGAGAAACAUUGGCUAAGGAUGGUCAAAGCUGGGAAGGAAAAAAGCAAGGAGGGAAAAGGACGAAGUGAAAAGAGCUAGGAGCCACACUGGAGAGUAUAAACAUCCUGGUGACCUCUGAUGCACAAGGUAUGAAGAAAACAGACUGUCAUUGACUAUGUGGACAAUCUGGGUGAUAAUCUUCUGGAUUUCAACUGUCCCGAUCAAAGCUGUUCCACCUGUCUGUGACCUCCUGAGCGUCCUGAAAAGGGAGGAAGAAAAGUGUGCUGAGACUCUCUCCCUGGAGGCACAGAACAGAACGACUGAAAAUGAUCUGCUCCUGAGCUCAGGCAGGUGUGCUGGAAUGUGGGAUAACAUGAGUUGCUGGCCUUCAUCCACUGUGGGACAGACUGUCAAUGCUCACUGCCCUGAAUUCUUCCAGAUGCUGACUGGGAAAAAAGGUUUUGUCUACAGAAAUUGUACAAGUGAGGGCUGGUCAGACCCAUAUCCGAGACCUGAUAUUGCUUGCGGCUACAAUGUCAAUGACACGACCAACGAGGCAAGACGUUCCUAUUUCAUGACCUUGAAGACCAUGUACACCGUCGGAUACUGCACCUCCCUCGUGACGCUAAUGAUAGCCUUAGCGGUCCUGGCCUCUUUCAGAAGACUUCGCUGCACAAGGAACUACAUCCACAUGCAUCUCUUCACAUCGUUCAUUUUGCGAGCCUCAUCCAACUUCAUCAAGGAUGCCGUUUUGUUUUCCUCCGAAGACAUAAAUUACUGUGGGGCACAAACGGCUGGCUGCAAGCUCACCAUGGUCUUCUUUCAGUAUUGCAUCAUGUCUAACUACAGCUGGCUCCUCGUGGAGGGACUGUACCUCCACACUCUCCUGGUUAUUUCUUUCUUCUCGGAAAGGAAGUUCCUCUGGUGGUUCAUUGUCCUCGGAUGGGGUGCCCCAGCUGUGUUCGUGACUGCAUGGGCGACUGCCAGGCAGCUCCAUGAAAAUAUUGGGUGUUGGGACAUUAACACUAAUGCCAAUACCUGGUGGAUCAUUAGAGGCCCCAUAGUUUUGUCUAUUUUUAUUAAUUUCAUUCUCUUUGUCAACAUUUUAAGAAUCUUGAUGAGGAAGCUCAGCUCACCUGAAAGACGGAGCAGUGAUUUCAACCAAUACAAGAGACUUGCAAAGUCAACGCUCCUCCUCAUCCCUCUCUUUGGCGUCCACUACAUCAUCUUUGCUUUUUUCCCUGACGAUGCAAGCAGCGGCACAAUGGAAAUUCAGUUGUUUUUUGAAUUGGCUCUUGGAUCAUUCCAGGGCUUUGUUGUGGCUGUACUUUAUUGUUUUCUUAACGGUGAGGUUCAGCUGGAAGUUCAGAGAAAAUGGAGGCAGUGGUAUUUAAGCAAACACUUGCGUCAGCAUCUCAGCACCUCAGCGAGUAACGGAGGAAGUGGCUUGACUCAAGAGAUGCACAUGGUGAGGUCGAGCCCACCAGAGCACAGGAGGGAAACCCUCCAAAGAUCAAGCGUGCUUUAACACUGUAUGCCUGGAGGAUACCUCGAUGCUCAGACACACAUGGCUAAGUCCCAUGGGCUGAGCUGGGAGUCUUGUGUACGUAUCCAAAAGCAGGACUUGGCUGUAGGUCAACAGUUCUUGAAGCACAUCUGUUCAUGUAUAUCCUGUGUAGCACCACAGUUAUUUUGCAAAGCAAAAUGGGCCAAAACUCUUCCUUGAGCUUCUGGCCACAGUAAUUUGUGUUUCUUUCCACAUUGGUAUUUUUCAGCUGCUAUUUCCACCUUAAAUGUGACCUUUCAUUUUCCACGUGGCUCUCCAACAGCUUCCAGGCUAAUCCAGGCUGGUGAAUUUUAGUUGUUCUCCAUUUCUUCUGCUGUGGAAGCUGGGAGGACAUUCAAUUUUAAAUGAUGAAGGUUACACGUCAUCCUUAAACACAGCCUGUGGGUUUGAAAUGCAAAAUUAACACGUACCUAAAAUUUAUCAAGGUUCAAAAGCUUUCUUCCUUUGCCUCUUUUAACAGUGGAGACCUUGGAAACAACAGUGGUUCAAUUUGGAUAUUGGUAUCAUUUUGAAACGGUAAAAAAGCUGUUAUUGCAUAUUCCAAGAGUGGCCAAAAAAACUUCAGAAAGAUAGCUCAUUCCUAUUGUGUUUGUACCUCUGAGACUGGUCCAUUUUGUCUUUGAAGGGAAGAAAUGAAAGUACUUGAGAUGUUUAAAACUCAAUUGAAAUGGACAGUAGAACCUGUCUGGUGAAAAAAAAUACCAUAUUGGCUACCAAAAAUCUCUUUAGAGCCUACAAUCACCCAGUGUGCUGAAAUCUGCAAGACUGUGCACUGUAAUAUGCUGUCACAAGGUAUUGGAGCUAUUACAGCUUUAUGUUCUAAAGGACAUAAACAAGAAAUUUCUUGGUUUAAAUGGGAAAAGGAUAAAAUAGUUGUCCGAGAAAUGCAACCAAGUCUCCUACUUGAUUUUGUAUCUGCAGUUUCUUAGUUGGGGCGAUUCUUGGCUGGGUUUCUUCAAGGGCAAAGAUGACUGAAUGGAAAGCAAAGGUGUUUAUCACUUCUCCCUCCUCCUGAUCACCUAAAGACAUUGACAAAACAUUCAUGGUAUGUCCAAUGCUGCCUGAGCGGCAUUUCCCAACCCCCUCUGCCAAAACUGCCCUAACGAGCUUUUAAUCACACCAAAUGCCUACACGGUAGGCUUCUGCCAUUUUAUCAGAAGGCAAACAAGCAGAGAAGUUCAAAGGAUGCAUUCAAGGUUAAAUAACCUGUAUACAAGCAGGUUUUUGAGUGCUAUUAGCACUGUUUAAAACUGACAUUAUUCAGGAAAUUUUUUUUCGAAGUAGCAAGCUUUCAAGUUGACUUUGUCCUUUAAAACUCAGCCAAAACAAGUGGAAGGAAGAGCAGAAGCAGGAUCAGUCCUGUGACCAAGGGAGAAGUAAAAGCCCCUCCAUGAACAUUUAAGAAAAAGAUCUCAUUUUUGCUGACUCACCAAGCCAAGCAGAGCCUCCAACCUUCUCGGGGGUUCGCUCUGUCCCAGCGCAUUUAGCAAGUCAGAUACUUCUGAAAACAUAUAACCUUAAUUUUCUCUCAGGCAUACGAAUGCGACCAAGAAGAAUGAGACAACUUGUAUGUUCCCUGUCUGAGAAUUAAACAUUCAUCAAUCAAGCCAAA